ACACUGAGUCUGUCAGCUGACUUAUCUUAUGACAACCUACAAAUUUUAUUAGUUGUUAAUCGAUUCCAUUCACACUUACAAGUAGAUAGUUGUGAUAGUGUUUGGUUGCUGAAGUUUAAUAAUUUAAUACAUUAUUAUCUCAAUUAUUUCUUAGAUCUUAUAACAAAAUGUCGAAAGGAAAAGUAGGCGAUGAAGAACGAGAAACAAACUUCGGUUAUGUCCAUGCUGUUUCUGGUCCAGUCGUUACUGCUGAAAAAAUGUCUGGAUCUGCUAUGUACGAACUUGUACGUGUAGGAUAUUUCGAGUUAGUAGGAGAGAUUAUUAGAUUAGAAGGAGAUAUGGCUACUAUUCAGGUAUAUGAAGAAACGUCUGGUGUAACUGUUGGGGAUCCUGUUUUAAGAAGUGGGAAACCUCUUUCAGUAGAAUUAGGACCUGGUAUUAUGGGUUCAAUUUUUGAUGGUAUUCAACGUCCAUUAAAAGAUAUUUGUGACAAAACUGAAAGUAUAUACAUCCCCAAAGGUAUCAACGUUCCAGCUCUUUCUAGAACUUCUAGUUGGGACUUUGCUCCUAUCAAUAUUAAGUUGGGAUCCCAUUUGACUGGUGGUGAUAUAUAUGGUAUAGUACAUGAAAAUACUCUGGUUAAACACAAAAUGCUCCUGCCACCUAAAGCUAAGGGAACUGUAACAUACGUGGCAGAACCUGGAAACUAUACAGUUGAUGAAGUUGUAUUAGAAACCGAAUUUGACGGAGAACGUACAAAAUAUACUAUGUUGCAAGUUUGGCCAGUACGUCAAGCUAGACCAGUUAGUGAAAAAUUACCAGCUAAUCAUCCUCUAUUAACUGGACAACGUGUUCUAGAUGCAUUGUUCCCCUGUGUACAAGGAGGAACCACAGCUAUACCUGGUGCUUUUGGUUGUGGAAAAACUGUAAUUUCCCAAUCUUUGUCCAAAUAUUCCAAUUCAGACAUUAUCAUUUAUGUUGGUUGUGGUGAAAGAGGAAAUGAAAUGUCUGAGGUAUUGAGAGAUUUUCCAGAAUUAACUGUCGAAAUUGAUGGACAAACUGAAUCUAUUAUGAAAAGAACUUCUUUGGUUGCCAAUACUUCUAACAUGCCUGUAGCUGCUCGUGAAGCUUCCAUUUACACUGGUAUCACUCUUUCUGAGUACUUCCGUGAUAUGGGUUACAAUGUUUCCAUGAUGGCUGACUCUACAUCUCGUUGGGCAGAAGCUUUAAGAGAAAUUUCAGGUCGUUUAGCUGAAAUGCCUGCCGAUUCUGGUUACCCUGCCUAUCUGGGUGCUCGAUUAGCUUCUUUCUAUGAACGUGCUGGUCGUGUAAAAUGUUUGGGUAAUCCUGAUAGGGAGGGAUCCGUUUCAAUUGUAGGAGCUGUAUCACCUCCUGGUGGUGACUUCUCUGAUCCUGUCACUACUGCUACUCUUGGUAUUGUUCAAGUCUUCUGGGGUUUGGACAAGAAACUUGCCCAACGUAAACACUUUCCAUCUGUAGACUGGCUUGGAUCUUAUUCAAAAUACUUGAAAGCAUUAGAUGAUUUCUAUGACAAGAAUUUCGUUGAAUUUAUUCCUCUUAGAACUAAAGUUAAAGAAAUUCUUCAAGAAGAAGACGAUCUUGCUGAAAUUGUACAGUUAGUAGGUAAAGCCUCUUUGGCAGAAACUGAUAAAAUCACUUUGGAAAUAGCUAGGCUUCUUAAAGAAGAUUUUCUACAACAAAAUUCCUAUUCUUCAUAUGAUAGAUUCUGUCCAUUUUACAAAACGGUUGGUAUGCUUAGAAACAUGAUUGGAUUAUAUGAUAUGGCACGACAUGCUGUAGAGUCUACUGCACAAUCUGAAAAUAAAAUCACAUGGAGUGUAAUAAGAGAUUCCAUGAGCAACAUUUUGUACCAACUAAGUAGUAUGAAAUUCAAAGAUCCAGUUAAAGAUGGGGAAGCUAAAAUUAAGGCAGAUUUUGAUCAAUUAUAUGAAGAUAUACAACAAGCUUUCAGGAACUUGGAAGAUUAAAUUUACUCAUUUUGGAUAUUUACCAGCAAUAUCAAUAAAGAAUAAAUAAAAAUGAAAUUUUUUAUCCUAUAUAUUUUGAAAAUCGCAAUAUUUUAAAACAUAUUUUGCGCAUCCAUUGUUAAAAAGUAUUAAAACUAGUUGUUACUCAGUUUAUGUUAUAUUGUCAUAAAUGUAGUAGUGAGCUGAACAAAUAGAUUCAGAGUUACCGUUUAUAGUGUGUUUUAUUGAAAAUCUUAACGUUCUUACAAUCAUUAAACAAAUGUUUAUAUGUAUAUACAUAUUAUAAUAAUAUAUAGUUUAGUUAAAAAUCUAGAAUUAGAAUUAUUCCAUUUGUUUAACCAUUUGGUAAAUAAAAUUACGACUAUGUUCCGUUA